AUGUACAUAUACUAUAAACGAGUAGAAAUUGAAAUACAAGCAAUUCAAAAAGCAUUUCCUAUGUCACCAACAGUUUUACCUCAUCCUCUUAAUUAUUCACAGUAUGCAACUUUAGUUGGAACAAUUCCAAUUCAAUAUUUAGGUGUUCAAUAUAAUAUUCCUAUCAUGGUAAUGUUUCCUUACGACUAUCCUAUGAAACCCCCUUUCUUUUUUACUGACCCUUCUCCUGAUAUGGUUAUUGUCCCUCAACAUCCUUACGCUAUGGCUGAUAGAACGAUCGUUCAUCCUUUAUUACAACGAUGGAAUGAUUCAUCAAACAGUUUAGAUGUUUUAGUUUGUCUUCAACAAGAUUUUUCUAAUUAUCCUCCUCUAAAGAAAAAAAAGGAAAAUCUUUCAGAAAUUCAAGCUAAUCUUCAACAACAAAUUCAACAGUUAAAACAAGGAUCUUCUGAUGAUAGAACUGGUCAAUGGAAAGAAAGAAACGGUAUUAAUCCUCAUUCCCCUUAUUCAAUUUCUCCUCCUUUCACUCCAUAUCCAUACCAACAUCAAUCUUUCUAUCCUCCAUAUGGAUAUAACACUUCUCCCUAUUGUCAACAUCCAUUAGAUUAUUAUCAAACAAAUAAUUUAUAUCAAUUUGGGUAUAACCCAUUUCGUCUAUUACCAAAACCAAAUGGAAUACAACCACACCCUAACUCUGCUUUCCGUUUUGAUUACAGUCAUCAAUUUUUGCCUCAAGUUGAUCCUUCACUUCCUCAAACACUUCGUUCUACUACAAGUCAACAAGAAUUUAGUCAAAUUGCUCAAAAACUUAAACAACAACAAGUCAAUAAAAAUGAACCACUACCUGAUGUUAGUACUUUAUCAUUGAAAGAUAUUGACCAACUCCUUGUAGAAGGCAAAAUAAGUAUUGAAACAUAUAAAAGAAUGUAUAUCGAUUAUCAAAGAAGGGUGCAUAAGAAGUAA